CAUUAUAAAACUUUUUGGCAACUUCUUCACCUCACCACCGUCUCAAUUGAUAAAAUUCUGAACAUUUAUUCACGUUCAUUGUAUUCUUUUGCUCAUCAACUUUAAUGAUAAUGGACUGGAAGAAAAAAUUCUGCUCGACUUCUCUAAAUCUACGGUUGGCUCUUGAUGUUUUGCAAAUCAUAUCCUGUAACAUAAUUCAUUUUGCAAUGGAGGGUACAGGGUUUUACCUGCAAGAAGAUAGCACUAGUUAUCGAAUUGGUGAAUUUAUUUGGUACGUCAUGAUCAACACGUUGGGCUUCUUGGCUCAAAUUAUAGUUCUCGUCAAAGUUUCGGGAUGUAAACUGUCGCCUCAUUUUAUGAGGGUGUACUACAUCACGAGCUUCCUUCUCCUUAUAUUCAUUUCUACAGUUAUUAUUUCAAUAACUUAUGCAGGACUUCCCAGUCCGGAAUGCACACCGUCGACCCCUCCAGAUCAGAGACAAAAUUGCAAAUCAAACACUUCCAAGGGAGAAAUGUCCUCAUCUAAAUUUGGAUUUGAGUUUACAAUGUUUAUUCUAACAGCUCUCACGGGUUGUCUGUAUUUGUACUCCUUCACCCUCACGUUUUGCAAAAUCAAACCCGACAUUGGCAUUUCUGCGAUCCCUGCAAAUCCUAAUGAUUCCUGCGAGCAUGAACAAAGUCCACUUCCAGUACCUUCCGAAAAUAGCAGUCAUAAUGAUAAUGCCAAUCUUACAGAUAAAGACCCCAGCUUCUCCAAUAACUCAACUAUAGCAGUCGAUCACAACUAACAAUUUAUACUUCAUCAAAAUUAUCUGAAAAAUAAA